AAAAUUUUGAACUUCUUUUUCUUUUCUGUCUGCUGACAUCUGAAAAUAUGGCUCCGCAAGUCCCUGCGAAAAAGCCAGUUAAGGUUGUUGCCAAAAAGGCACAACUUCGAGGAAAAAGUCAAAAAAAGAAGGUAUCCUUAAAGUUUACCAUUGACUGUACCCAUCCUGUUGAAGAUAAUAUUAUGGAUGUAGCUAGUUUGGAGAAAUACCUCCAAGAAAGAAUUAAAGUCAAUGGAAAAACUGGUAAUUUUGGAUACAACGUAAAUUUAGAAAGGUCAAAAAACAAAGUCACAGUUAAUAGUGAUAUUGACUUUUCAAAGCGGUAUUUAAAAUAUUUGACAAAGAAAUACUUAAAGAAACACAAGCUUCGUGACUGGUUACGUGUUGUCUCCAAGGACAAAGAUACAUAUGAACUUCGAUACUUCCAAAUUACAAGCCAGGAAGAUGAUGAUGAAGAAGAUGCAGAGUAAUUUUAUUCUUUUCUUCCCUUCUUUUUUAUUGACAUUUAUCCUGUACUAAUUUGUAUUUAAGAAUAAAUGUCAAUGUAAAAAUGGAAA